AUGAAAAUUCUAAUCGAUACCGGCGCACAAUAUUCGUUUAUUAAUGAAAAAUGUUUAAAACUUUUUAAUCAAUUUAAAUAUUCUGCUAUUGGACAUCAAAAAUUUUUUAUGGCUGAUGUAUUAACUUAUUUUAUAGUGACAGGAAUUAUUUAUUUGAAUAUUACUAUUGGUGAUGUUAUAACAUCUAUACCAGCAUUUAUUGUUAUACCAAUUUAUACUGAAACAAUACCUGUUGAUUUUCCUGUUAAAUUAUCACGUUCUAUAAAGAUAUUACCUAGAUCUAAACAACAAAUUCCUGUUACUGUUAAUAUUUCAACAGCAACUUUACCAUUUCGUCCAUCAUCUAAUUUUAUUCAAAAAACUUCCAUUUACGUACCACAUUCAAUAUUAAAUAUAAGAAAUUAUUCAACAUUAUUAACUGUUAGUAAUUUAUCAAAUUCACCACGUUAUUUACCUAAAGGAACAGUUAUUGGAAUCGCAACAUAUAAUAAUUCUGAUUCUUAUAAUAUUACAGAUAAUAAAAAUUCAAUUACACCUAAUACAUGUAAUUCAGCAUCUCAACAAAUAAAUACAAUUACUACUCCACCACCACUUCCUACAACUCAACAAACAAUUUCAAACUUAUUAUUUCACAUUGCUGAUCAAACACAACGUGAUUUAAUUCAGUCAUUAUUAUUUAAAUUUCAAUCUACAUUUGAUACAACUGGUCUUAUUCGAGAAUCUCAAUCACCAUAUGCAGCACCAGCAUUGUUAGUAAAAAAGAAAGACCAAACUUGGAGAUUAGUUAUAGAUUAUAAGAAGCUGAAUGCCAUCACUAUUAAAGAUAAUUAUCCUCUUCCUAACAUGGAGGCAACUCUUCAAACAUUAGGUGCUGGUUAUCAUUACUUUAGUAAGCUUGAUCUUAAAUUUGGUUUUUGGCAAUUGCCAAUUAAUGAAAAAGAUCGUUUUAAAACAGCUUUUAUAACUCCAUUCGGAUUAUUCGAAUGGUUGGUACUUCCUCAAGGUCUUCGAAAUUCGCCUCCAAGCUUCCAACGGAUAAUGAACAAUGUAUUAGGUGCUUAUUCUGAAUUUUGUUUGGUAUAUCUUGAUGAUAUAAUAAUAUUCUCGAAGGAUUUUAAUCAACAUUUAAAUCAUAUAGAACAAGUAUUAAAUGCUUCAAAAUCACAUAAUUUAAUAUUAAACCCAGCAAAAUGUGAAAUAGCUAAACAACAAAUUGAAUAUUUAGGACAUGUAAUUACACCAACAACAAUUACUCAAGCUAAUCGUUUUAUUGGAGCUCUUUCCUGGUAUCGGAAAUUUAUUCCAAAUUUUUCAUCAAUAGCAGCUCCUAUACAUGCAGUCACUAAUCUUACAAAGCAUAAUCGACAUAAAUUUAAAUGGGGUUAUGAACAAUCAAAAUCUUUUAAUGAAUUAAAACAAUUAUUAACAUCAACUCCAUUAUUUUUAAAUUUUCCUGAUGAUACACACCCAGUUUUAUUAUCAACUGAUGCUUCAAAAAUUGGUUUUGGUGGUAUUCUUUAUCAAGAAAUUAAUAAUGUUAGAAAAGUUCUUUACUAUCAUUCUGAAUUACUAUCUCCUUCACAAACACGUUAUAAUCCAAUGGAACUCGAAGCAUUAGCUAUAUUUAAAUGUAUUACAAGAAUGAGGUCUUUUUUACUUGGUCAAUUUAAUAUUCAACAAAUUAUACAUGUUAAAGGAAAAUACAACUGUUUACCUGAUUAUCUUUCACGACAUCCUAUUGCAUCUGAUGAUGAAUUACCUGAUGAUUAUGGUUUAGGAUUUACAAAAGAUAAAUCAUCUUCUAUUCAAUUACUUGGUGUAGUUGUUACUCGAUCAAAGGCUAAACUUUUAUCUCAUAAUAUUGAUUCAACUUCAUCAUCAUCAUAA